AUGCUAAAAGUCAUCUUACCAACAAUUAUACUCCUCCCAACAGCCCUACUAUCCCCACCAAAAUUCCUAUGGACCAACACUACCCUAUACAGCCUCCUAAUCGCCACCCUAAGCCUCCAAUGAUUAAUCCCAACCUACUACCCAUACAAAUUCCUAUCCAACUGAACAGGCAUUGACCAAAUCUCAUCCCCCCUCUUAGUGCUAUCCUGCUGACUGCUACCACUCAUAAUCAUAGCGAGCCAAAACCACCUACAACAAGAGCCCCUAUCGCGCAAGCGAAUCUUUAUCUCAACCCUAAUCACAGUCCAGCCGUUCAUCCUAUUAGCCUUCUCUACCACAGAACUAGCGCUAUUUUAUAUCUCAUUCGAAGCAACCCUUAUCCCCACCCUGAUUCUAAUCACACGAUGAGGAAACCAGCCGGAACGCCUAAGCGCCGGUAUCUACUUGUUAUUCUACACGCUGGUAAGCUCAUUGCCCCUACUAAUUACAAUCAUACACCUAUACGUGAAAAUCGGCACCCUACACCUGCCAACCCUAGAACUAAUCCGCCCAACCCUGUCCACCUCAUGAACAGGGACACUGUCAGGCCUAGCACUGCUAAUAGCAUUCAUAGUAAAAGCCCCACUGUACGGCCUGCACCUCUGAUUACCGAAAGCCCACGUAGAAGCACCCAUCGCAGGCUCAAUACUCCUCGCUGCCCUCCUACUGAAACUAGGAGGAUAUGGAAUCAUACGGGUCACCCUACUAAUGGGCCCCCUAUCCAACCUCCUGCACUACCCCUUUCUAACCCUAGCCCUAUGGGGUGCCUUAAUGACUAGCUCAAUCUGUCUACGACAGACAGACCUAAAAUCACUAAUCGCCUACUCAUCUGUCAGCCACAUAGGACUAGUCAUCGCUGCAGGAAUAAUCCAAACCCACUGAUCAUUCUCAGGAGCAAUAAUCCUAAUAAUUUCCCACGGGCUGACUUCCUCCAUACUAUUCUGCCUAGCCAACACAAACUACGAACGCACACACAGCCGUAUUCUACUACUCACGCGAGGUCUUCAACCCCUCCUACCACUCAUAGCCACCUGAUGACUACUGGCCAACUUGACAAACAUGGCCCUACCCCCAACAACGAACCUCAUAGCAGAACUAACUAUUAUAAUUACCCUAUUCAACUGAUCUGCAUUCACAAUCAUCCUAACAGGAAUAGCAACCCUACUGACCGCCUCCUACACCCUAUUCAUACUUCUAACAACCCAACGAGGCCCAAUCCCCUCCCACAUUACAUCUAUCCAAAACUCAACCACACGAGAGCAUCUAAUUAUGACACUCCACAUUAUCCCGAUGUUCCUCCUAAUCCUCAAGCCCGAACUGAUCUCCGGAAUUCCUUCGU